CGGAGUGUAGACGGUGUGACACACUGUCAAAGCAGUGGAGACGAGAGCAUUUUUGAGGACACUUCAAAUGUUUGCGGUUUCAUGAAGAACAGCCUUUUGGUUUGUUCACAGCAAAUUAAAGGAAGUGUAGUUAUUUCUGCUGUCGUGGUGAUUGAGCAGAUGAACAUUAUUUCUGGUAUAGAUUCUGGCAUGAUGUUGGAUGAGGAUGAUGACUGCCCAGAGUUGGUGCCCAUUGACACCCAGCCUGGCCUUCCUACAGGACAGAUACCGGUCACCAUCAUUACAGGCUACCUUGGUGCUGGAAAGGCUACACUCCUGAACUAUAUCCUAACAGAGCAACACAACAAGCGGAUUGCUGUCAUACUCAAUGAAUUUGGAGAAGGCAGUGCCCUUGAGAAGUCCCUUGCAGUGAGUCAGGCAGGAGAACUAUACGAAGAGUGGCUAGAACUGAGAAAUGGCUGCCUCUGCUGCUCUGUCAAGGACAAUGGUCUCAAAGCCAUUGAAAAUCUGAUGGAAAAGAAAGGAAAGUUCGACUACAUUUUGUUAGAAACCACUGGACUCGCUGAUCCAGGAGCUGUGGCCUCCAUCUUCUGGAUUGACGCAGAGCUUGGCAGCGACAUCUAUUUGGAUGGCAUCGUCACUGUCAUUGAUGCCAAGUAUGGACUACAGCAACUAGCAGAAGAAAAAGCAGAUGGUCUUGUCAAUGAAGCAGCCAGACAGAUUGCUGUUGCUGACCUGACUAUUAUCAACAAAAUAGACCUGGUGAAUGAGGAGGAACUUAAGCAAGUCAGAGACACUGUCAGGUCUAUAAAUGGGCUUGUCAAGAUUAUAGAAACCCAAAGAUCAAGGGUUGAUCUCUCUGAAGUGUUGGAUCUGCAUUCCUUCGACAGUAAGGAUGGUGCUAAUCUUGCAGAGAAGCUCCAGCUCAUCAAACCUACAAGACCACAUCUUGACAAGAGUAUUUUAACUGUGACGUUUGAAGUGGCGGGGGAUCUGUCUGAGGAUGCCUUGAACGCCUUCAUCCAGGAUCUGCUAUGGGAAAAAAAUUUCUGUAACAAAGAAGGGCAGCUGAUGAGCGUCAUUCGGUUAAAGGGAAUAGUUUCGUUUGCGGGUAAAGCCCACCAAGUGAUGCUGCAGGGGGUCCACGAGCUGUACGAGCUGAAUGAGAUGCAGCAGCUCUGGGAGGAGAACCUGCGGAUAAACCGGCUGGUCUUUAUAGGUAGGAACCUGGACAAGGACAUUCUGCAGGAAAAGUUCAUUUCUACAGUGCUUCUCGUCUCAGAGAGAAAUUAGCUCCAACCCCUUUUUGUCUUCUUCACUUCAAACAUUGAGUCUGGAGCAAAGGUUUUGGCACUGGCUAUCGCCCCUGUGAUUGCCGUUCGGACAUCCACUCCUUUUCUACAUGAGGAUUUGGUACUGUAGAUCAGAGGGUGGCUAAAGUAACCACAGUGUUCAGGCAGUGCAGUCAAGACAGUCCAUCACAGCCCGCUUUAAAAGCUAUUUUAAGGAAGACUUUUGGCUGUUCUUCUGAUCCAGAAAAAUUACCAAAAUAACCUCUCAAAGAAAAGUCCAGCAAUUUAAUGAAUACACUGGCUUUUUAGAAAGCUAAAUUUAUCAAAUCUAUACAUUUAUAGAGUAGGGAGCCUACAUAGUGAUGCGCUUACUGUGUCAGCUGUGGAACAGAUUGUACUUGAAGUGGUCCUACUUAUGUUUCUAACUUUGAAUAUAUGGAUUAUUUAAU